AGUUUGUAGGGGUUAAUGCGUUAAAAUAUUUUUGACCAACAGCUGAUCACUAAUGACAUAUCAUGACAUAUGCAUAUGUAUAUAACUAAUACAUGAAUUUAAUGUUUACAUGACACAUCAUACGCACAUAUAUAUACAUAUGUAAAAUGGGUACUGAAAGUGACAAUGAAAGUAGCAGACCAGUAACUCCAUCGGAAGAAGACUGCUGUCAUAACGCGUGUGAUCCUUGUAUUUUUGAUGUGCAUAGACAGUUACUUGAAGAAUAUUACAAGAAAAAAAAGCAAAAUAUAAAAGUACAAAGCAAUGAAAAUUUAUUAUGUUCAUAUUUAUACAAGAACUUUACAAUCACUAAUAUAAAGGAGAUUUCUGAUUGUUACAUUCUACUUUAUUUAAAAUAUCAAGAAAAUGACCCAAAGAAUAAUAAGAGAAUAUUAAUUGAACCAGGACAACAUGUUAUGUUACGCUUAUGGGGUGUUACAAAUCCAUAUACACCAAUCUCUUUUACAGAUAACAGUAUUGAAUUUUUAAUCAGACUUUAUGUUAAUGGACAAUUUAGUACUUAUUUAAAAAACAUAAAAUUAGGUGAUCAAAUAUCUAUUAGAGGACCUUAUGGAAAUUUUAAAUAUGAAUGCAAUAGUUUUCAGAAAAUUGUUAUGUUUACUAUGGGAUCUGGAAUAACUGCAGUGUAUUCUAUAAUAAAAUCAAUUAUAAAUAAUGAAUUAGAGGAAACAAGGAUUCAUUUUAUUGGUGGAUUUCAAAAUGUAUUACAGAUUCCCUUGAAAAAAGAGUUACAAACUUUAACAGAUUAUUGGAAUUUUAAAUGUACAUUACAUAUAUCACAGUUGCAUAAUAAUAUUUCCAAUCUCCAUGGUAUAAAUGUAAAACCCGGUAGAUUAAAUAAAGAAUCAGUUUCUGAGAUACUUGAUGAUUGUAUGAUUAAUGAAACAUUAAUUUUAAUAUGUGGUACUCAUGAAUUCAAUGAUUCUGUUAAACAAUGGGCAACAUUCUUGAAUUUUACACAUAUAUACGUAUUUGAAUGACAAAUUAACAAGAUUUGAUUCAAAUAUUUUU